CAUUGUAUCUACAAGUUCCUCGUUUUAUACACGAUGAUCUUUCUCAUCUUCUCCAUCUUUCUUUCGAUCUUUUCUCUUUUCGUAUGGUGACUAGGGGGAUCGGGUCAGGAGGCCUGCUGUUGUUAUACAGUAAUGCUUAGAUCGAGUUGGGGGUGGAGACGGCCUUUGGAGAAGACAAUAAGGGGGGGCGGAUCGAAAGUGAGGAACGCUUUCUAUUCUCUUGUCUUCUUUUUCUUAGCCAUCAUUUUUGCUCUUCUUUCUUUUUUUUUCUUUUUUUCUUUUUGCUUUAUCGGCCUGGAUGGAUUGUUAUCCCAGGUUCAAUGCUACAGUCACUGUCGGCGGCAGGUUCUUCUCACGCGGUAGGGAGUUCCAGAGGCAGAGAUACGAAAUAAAAGGGAAAUGACUGUUUGUUAUUACAUGUUCGCAAUCUUGUCUCAUCUGUGCAACGCUAAUA